AUGGAGUUGGGAGGGAUGAAAACCCCUCAGACCCUCAUGAAUAGAGUUCUAUGUUGGAACAUAAGAGGUCUAAAUAGCCCUGUGAAGCAGCAAGUAGUUAGGAAUUUUAUUCAGAACUACUCCACUGGUCAAAUAGUACAUUGUCACAUUAAACCCACUGAUGGCCAAGCAGAGUUUUAUGCAUCAUUUGUUUAUGCGUUUAAUGAUGCUGGAGGAAGGAAGCAAUUGUGGGAGGAUUUGAAGAAUUUAAGAGUUGAUAAUGCAGGGUGGAUAUGGAUGGGUGAUUUUAACAAUGUUCUGAAUAUGGAGGAUAGGGUGGGGGCUCCAAUUAGAGCUAGUGAAUGCACAGAUUUCAGAAGAUGUGUGGAAUGCUAUAGUAUGGAAGACAUGAAGGCAACAGGGUGCUUCUAUACGUGGAAUAACAAGCAAGGAGAGGAUACAAGGGUAUUCUCCAAGAUUGACAGGGUUAUGUGCAACAUGGAUUGGAUGGAAGCUUAUCCAUUUACAGAGGCCAAUUUCUUACCAGAGGGGGAGUUUGAUCACUGCCCUAUGAUUUUGAAUGCACAUCCACAACAGAAUUAUGGAAAGAAACCAUUCAGGUACUUUGAUAUGUGGAAGCAUGCGCAAAACUUUGAGCAGAUAAUACAGGAUGCCUGGAACACAGAAGCUAAGGAGAUCAAAAGUGCAGCAGCUUUGAAGGAUUGUCAGGUUCAGUUACACAAACAACCUGAUAAUAUUAACUUGAGGAAGCAGGAAACUGAGGCAGCAAAAGAGUAUAAAGUAGCACAGGAGAGGUACUUAUCUUUUCUGAAACAAAAAACAAAAUCAUCAUGGAUCAAAGAUGGUGAUAUGAAUACGAAGUUGUUUCAUAGAAGUCUCAAGAAAAGACAGAUUCAAAAUGCUAUUUUUGGCAUUCACAAUGCAGAAGGAGAAUGGGUUAAUACACCGGACAAAGUUAGUGAGGCAUUUCUGGAUUACUAUCAUCAUCUCUUGGGUGAUAAAAUGCAGCAGAGAAGGAAGGUGAAGUCAAGAAUUGUUCAAUGUGGCCCUGCAGUGAACACACAACAAGCUGUAAUGCUUCAAAGACCUGUUACUGGAGAGGAAGUGAAAGAGGCGUUAUGGUCUAUACAUGGUGACAAGGCUCCAGGACCGGAUGGGUUUGGGAGUCAUUUCUAUAAAACUUGCUGGCACAUUGUGGGCCAUGAUGUAAUAGCAGCUGUUGUUGACUUCUUUAUUCAUGGGAAAUUACUAAAGGAGGUAAAUUCUACUACCAUCACUCUUAUUCCCAAAGUGCUAUGCCCUAGUCAUGUGGGGGCUACAGACCUAUAUCUUGCUGUAAUGUGA